AUGGACGACUACACGAGAGAAAUGAUGGACCUCAAGACAUUGGUCACUCGCACUCUCGAGAAGAAAGGCGUUCUCGCCAGGAUCCGUGCCGAACUCAGAGCGAGUGUGUUCGAGGCCAUCGAAGAGGAAGAUCGUGUGAUUGAGAAGGACCAAGGUCUACCACCUGCAUUGCUAGGUAGCUGCAACGAUCGAGCUAAACAGCUUCACGCUUCUCCUCCAGGUAGACUUCUUACGGCGAUGAUAUGUGAGUACCUUGACUGGGCACAGCUCAGUCACACACUAAAAGUUUACCUUCCUGAAUGUAAUUUGGAGAAAGAAUUUUGGAAGACGGAGCUUAAGGAGUUUAGUACCAAAAAUGGUUAUGAUCUCAACAGAAACCGAGAUAGCCCUCUACUCUUGGAUGUGCUCGAAGGAUUCUUGAAACUUGAGAAUUUAUCCCAAGCAAGGGCUAGCGGUAGAAGAUUUACCACUUCAGAAACUGAGCCAUUACCAAACUCAGAAUCACGGAAUGCCCGAAGGCAUUCAUCCUCAUCUGUUGCUGGUGGCUUACCUCCACUAGGAAGGGCUGUUCCUUCGUCCCAGGCAUCAUCUGAUAGAAGAGGAGGAUCCUCCAUGUCUGCUUACAGGAAGGAUGAGUACAAUUGGCGAUAUGACAGUGAUGAACUUCCUGAGGACAUAAUUCAAACUUCAAAUGCAUUGGAAAAUCUUCAAUUAGACAGAAAAGCUCGGAAUCUAACAUCUUCAUGGCGACACGCUGGUGAUGGAAUCAAUGAGGAUGAUGGCAGGGUUGAUCACGCGUAG